UAAUAGAUCAGAGUUUUAUCAGAAUAGAAUAGAGUUGUAAUAGAUCAGAGUUUUAUCAGAAUAGAAUAGAGCUGUGAUAGAUUUUAGUUUUAUCAGAAUAGAAUAGACUUGUGAUAGAUUUUAGUUUUAUCAGUAUAGGAUAGAGUUGUAAUAGAUCAGUUUUAUCAGAAUAGAAUAGAGUUGUAAUAGAUCAGAGUUUUAUCAGAAUAGAAUAGAGUCGUAAUAGAUCAGAGUUUUAUCAGAAUAGAAUAGAGCUGUGAUAGAUUAGAGUUUUAUCAGAAGAGAAUAGAAUAGAGCUGUGAUAGAUUAGUUUUAUCAGAAGAGAACAGAAUAGAGUUGUGAUAGAUUAGAGUUUUUCAGAAUAGAUUAGAGUAUCUCAGUAGAGAACAGAGUUCCGAGUAGAAUUCAGCUUAUUGUGUAUAGAUUUCGGAUUUUUACUGCGAGCUCUUUCCAGAAGGUCAGUGGUGACAUGGGUUCUGCUGCAUCCUUCUCCGCUAUGUUCAUCAAGGUGAAGGCAGCGAAAGGAGAGACGGCUGAGGAGCAGGGAGCGAAACGACAAACCAGAAACACAGCGCAAUUCACCACCAACGUCAUUGUACAGCCGUCUAUGCCGUCCAAUCCAGCACCGUACAAAACCCCGGAAGCCGUCCAGCCCUCUCCAGCACCUCCUACCUCAGCAGCGGAGAACACGGACGCCGUCCCAGCUCACACGGAGCUUCUCGGAGACAUCCCCUUCACCCUAGCGCCUCACAUCCUUGCCAUGCACGCCGGCCUGCCUCGGCUUCCCGACUUCAACCUGCCCCGAGACAUCAACGAGAACCUGGCCAACUUCUGCUACGACUUCACGCUGGAGAACUCGGUGCUGUGCGAGCCGUGACCUCCGACCCCUGAUCGGCCCCCUAAAACCUCAGAGUUUACAUGCAGGAACCCCAGAUCACCAGGAGUAUCAUGCUGGUGGAUUUCUCAGGAUGUUAGGUAGCACCAAGUGAAACCGGCUCUUUCUAGAAGUAAAUAAAAUGAUAUCAGGAUUGAUGUUUGUUUUGCAUUUCUGAGCUUGAAGCCACACUGUAGGGUAUCUUAUGCUGUAACACGUGCUUGCUCUGCUCUCUACACCUCCUUUUUUUGCUUUUUGAUCAGCUCACAUCUUAACCUGAUCUUCUUCACAGUAAAAUAUUGAAGAAAAGCUGUUGUAGAUGUCUUGAGAAGCCAUAUUAGAUCAUAACAAGAUAUCUAAUGUCCAGGUUUUGAUGAAAAGUAUCUUAUAUGUUGUUGUUUUUUUUUAGUAUAUAUAUGAUUUUGGAUAUAUCCAGAUUGUUACUGCAUGAUUUAAUGGUUUGCAGUGAAGCUGUUCUGGCUCACUGAAGCGGCUUCUAUUAAUGUCCCAAAAGUCUCCUUUUUGGACAAAAUGUCUUCCACAUGCUUUCAGGCUUAGUUUCUGUUAGAGAUUUUUCUCAGUUAGGUUUUAAAAAUGCUUCUGACAAAAAUAUUAAAAUCACUCUCCUGGUUGGAUCCGGAAGCAGUAGAGAUGGAGUUACAGGAACAGGAAACAUGGCAAGCACAGCACACACAUAUCACACACACAUCAUACAUACAUCACACAUACAUGACACACAUAUCACACAUCAUACGACACGCACAUAAUACAUAUGACACAUCACACACACAUCAUGUAUAUGACGCAUCGCACGACUUAUACAUAUGACACAUCACACACACACAUCAUACAUAUGACACAUCACAUACAAACUCAUACACACACAUCAUACAUAUGACACAUCACACACAUACACACAACACACACAAACUCACAAACACACACAUCAUGCAUAUGACACAUCACAUGACACACAUCAUACAUAUGACACAUCACAUACAAACUCAUACACACACAUCAUACAUAUGACACAUCACACACAUACACACAACACACACAAACUCACAAACACACACAUCAUACAUAUGACACAUCACAUGACACACAUCAUACAUAUGACACAUCACAUACAAACUCAUACACACACAUCAUACAUAUGACACAUCACACACAUACACACAACACACACAAACUCACAAACACACACAUCUCACAACACACACAUCAUACAUAUGACACAUCACAGACACACACAUCACACACACAAAUAUCACACAUACUGUGGGCAGACUGGGGCAGAUGUUUUGUUCUUGGCUCCUGAGACUUCUGGGACUCUCUGUAGUUUGUACAAGGGUUGUUUGGGGUUUUUUUGUUGCGCUAUUGACCUCUGUUCAUUUCUGUAGCAUGUAUAUUUAUACAUUUAACAACAGAAUUUCAGUGACACAUCUGCUGCUGUUGACACGCUGCACUUCUAGAAACAUGUCUAAAACGUUUCACAGGUAACUAUGUAGUAGGUUACUGGGUUUGGUCUGUGGUGAAUAUUUCUCGUUAUUUCUCGUCAUGUUUGUGCCUUUUUGAAAUCCCAGACACUUUUUCCUCUUCAUCGUCCAAACUAUUUUCUCUCUGUCUGGACAAGAAUCUUGCCUGCUGUGUUUCACCUUUUAAAGAAGAAAAAAUUCAUUUAGGCCAAAUGUAGGGUCUAAAGUAGCGAACAUGACGCUAAUGCUCAUGAGGUUAAUGUAGCCAACAAGCUAAAUCAUCAUUGCCUUAAACUACCGUUUAUCUCAGUAACACUGAGUUCAUAAUGUUUUAUUUGACAAAAAUGACAUAUCAUAGGAAUUACCUAAAACUGUUUACUUCCUGUUUAUUUGCACAACACAGAAUCGGUAGCUAGGCUUCCUUCUCUCGUUAGCUCUAUUCGCUUCAGCUAAACUAAAGAAGCAAACGUCAGGCGCCAAAUACGUCUUCGCUCAUCGCCUGCAUUUAGGUUCAGAGGAAAAUUGAGGUUAAAUUCAAGGUUAAACUUGGAAACUCACUUUGUAAUGAAAGAAACAAAAAAGAUUGCACAAUCCUCUCUGUUAUUUAAGCUUCUUUCUUUUCAGAUGAUCAGAGGUGCCAAUAAUUUUGUGUGUAAAUUGAGCAUCAUUUGAUUAAAGAUGUUUUGAUUUUUAA